AUUAGUCCACAGCCUCCCGCGUUCGGGUUAUCAUCAACCCGACGAUCAUUCUUCUCUCCCAAUUCCUCCUCGUUUCGCUUCUCAACCUCUAGGGUUUCCGAUCACUCUCCAGUUUUUACCUGAUUAUCUUACUUUUUAUUUAUUUUUUUAUUUAUUAAAAGUAUUUGUUGAUUAUUUCUAGUUUAUUUUGAGCACAAAUUUUUGUGGAUUGAAAAUAUGGUGAUGGAGGUGAAGAUUACAUCAAACUCGUCAUCAUCGGCUUCCCUUUCCGACCAGAGGUUCCCGCCGGGGUUUAGGUUUCAUCCUACGGAUGAGGAGCUGGUGUUGUAUUACUUGAAGAGGAAGAUCUGCCACAAGAAGCUCCUGCUCGACGCCAUCUGCGAGACGGAUGUGUACAAGUGGGACCCGGAGGACUUGCCUGAGUUGUCAAAGUUGAAAACUGGCGACAGGCAAUGGUUCUUCUUUAGCCCCAGGGAUCGCAAGUAUCCAAAUGGAGCCAGGUCUAAUAGAGCAACCAAGCAUGGCUAUUGGAAAGCUACUGGAAAGGAUCGUAGCAUUACAUGCAACUCUCGUGCUGUAGGUGUUAAGAAGACCCUGGUCUUUUAUAAAGGUCGGGCACCAACUGGUAUACGAACAGAUUGGGUGAUGCAUGAGUACACACUGGAUGAGGAGGAAUUCAGAAGAUGUGAUAGUGUACGGGACUACUAUGCACUUUACAAGGUCUUUAAGAAGAGUGGGGCUGGUCCCAAGAAUGGGGAGCAAUAUGGAGCACCUUUUAAAGAAGAGGACUGGGAUGAUGAUGAAUAUUUGAACCCCAAAUGCUCUGUUGACCAGAAGAAAUCUAGAAAUCCAGUGAGUGAUAUUCCACCAAUUGAAAACCCAAAACUUAAUGUUCCAUUCCAGUACCCAAAAGAUGAUCUUGACGGAUUCCUGAACCAUAUUGGAAAUGAGCCUCCACCGCUUAUGCAACCACUCUCUAUAGAUUACAGUUAUGACUUGGAGCACCUUAUAGGGGAGGAGGAUAGUGAAAGUACUUUGCUGGAUCAAUCCUCAAGGGAGCUUAAUGUGACCGAGCAAACUGCCUUGCAACAAUACAAUGUUCAGGCAAGCUUUGAAGUGACAGAAUCUGGCACAUCGCAGCCACUGUUGCACGAAGCAUCUGAGGUCACAUCUUCUGCUGUCUGUAAUGAGCAAACUCAAGCUGUGGAAGAGGAUUUCCUUGAAGACUUUCUGGAGAUGGAUGAUCUUCUUAGUACAGAACCCGAUAUCCAUAAAUUUAAUAUGCCAGUGGAGAAAUCAGACACCCAACUGCUUAAUGAUUUUGAUGGGUUGAGUGAAUUUGACCUGUAUCAAGAUGCAACAAUGUUUCUUCAUGAUGUGGGGACAAGUGAAGGGGGACAGGCUGCUGAAUCAUAUGUGAACAAUGGCACUGUAAACCAGACCUCCAAUUACUUCAGUGAUUAUCCUGAAAUUGUGAACGACCAGCAGUUGUAUUUCAAUGAGGGCAAUGAAGUCAGUGAUCAACUGUGGAUGCAUGACCAGAGUUCUGACAUCUUUUUCCCUGAUGACAUAAAUCAGGGGGCCAUCCCUUCAGGUGUGGGUUAUGAUAAUAAUUUCAUGAAUCAUCCUGCGGGACCAAACCCAAUCCAGACCGCCAGACAGGAUGAUGCUACAAACUCAAGCCUAUCUUCUUCUCUAUGGGCCUUUGUGGAAUCUAUACCAACCACUCCUGCUUCAGCUGCAGAAAGUGCUUUGGUUAAUAAGGCCUUUGAGCGAAUGUCUAGCUUUAGACGAUUAAGAAUAAAUGCCAUAAACAUGAAUAUUGCUGCAGGUGCAACUUCAAGGAGUGCAAGCAAAUCUAGGAGCGGAAUCCUCUGUUUUUCUUUACUUGGAGUGUUGUGUGCUAUCUUAUGGGUGUUCAUAGGGACAUCGUUCUGUGUCAUGGGCAGAUGUGUAUCUUCAUGAAUUUGUAAAUAGGAAGUAUUGCAGUUAGCAUUUAGCAUUCUGCACCGCAAUGAAUGGCUAAUAUAGAGUAAUGAAAUGUUGAUCUAAUUGAUCACAAAACCCAUAUGCCCUCUUGAAUGCCUUUCACUUUUGCCGUUAUCUC